CAUUUCUAUAGUAGCAAUUCUGCACGUCUUCUCUCAAUGGUUCAAUAGAGAAGGCAAAUUCACAAAGCUUAAUUUGUUUUGAUGGCCUCUGAAAGGGAGAUUUUCAGCCUAUCUGGACCAUUGUAUCUCACUGCUAUUGAUUGGAGAAAUACAUGUCAUAGGAGGUCCAUAGCAGCAAGUUUAGUACAAAGUGUGUACAUUCUUGAACGUGACCGCCAACAAAAUCGUCAAGGGUUUAAUGCCCUUGCUCCACCAUGGUGGGAAUUCUUCCAUUUUCAUUUAAUCCAAGUCUUGGUGGACAAUGAAGACCAAUCAUACUUUGGCGCGAUUUACGAAUACAAAUUUCCAAACUCCAAUUUCCACAACAAAUCAAUGGACGAUAAUCACAAUCAAAAUCAGAAUCAGAAUCCACCAAAGUAUGUGAUUGCCUUUCGAGGCACAAUUGCCAAAAAAGGUAACAGAUCACAGGACUUCAAAUUAGACCUCAGACUCAUUCGCGACAAUCUCCACAAUUGCUCUCGCUUCCAUAUUGGUUUGCAAGUUGUACAGAACAUUGUUCAGAAUCACGAGGUUUCAGAUAUUUGGCUAACCGGACAUUCAUUAGGCUCUUCAAUUGCACUACUAAUCGGAAGGAAUAUGAUGAAAACAGGAAUUCAUCUCGAAACAUAUCUUUUCAAUCCACCAUUCACAUCACUUCCGAUAGAGAAAUUCACAAAGAACGAGAAAUUGAAGCACGGAAUCCGCAUUACUCACAGUGUGCUCACUUCAGGACUCGCUAGUGCUGUCAAUAGUUGCAAAUCAAAGUCCACAAAUAAAAGUGAGUCGUUUACUCUGUUAUCUUCGUGGAUUCCUUACUUAUUUGUGAAUCCAUCAGAUCCAAUCUGCGCGGAAUACGUUGGGUAUUUCGAACACAGAGAGAAAAUGGCUGCGAUUGGAAAAGGGGAAAUUGGACGAAUUUCGACGCAGAAUUCAAUAAGGAGUAUAAUUGGGAAUGCAAUAGGGAAAGAUCAAUCGGAACCAUCGCACUUACUUCCUUGUGCGUAUGUUGCUAUUAAUUCGAGUCCUUCUCCAGAUUUUAAGAGAGCUCAUGGAAUACAUCAAUGGUGGAAGCCAGAUUUACAGUGCAACUAUAAACUUUACCAGUUUCCAUAAGAUUAGAUUUAUCGAAAUUGAUUGUCAUAGAAUUCAGAUUCAUUGUAAGUUAAAGUCACAAAGAAAUCUAUUUUUGAAAUAGUCUGCAAGUAAAAGUGAACGGAAGUGUUCACUCUAUAAAUCCG